AUGCUUUUUGACAUUUUCAUUAAUAAAGAUUUAUGUCGCCUGUAGCCAACAUGGCUGAGAAAGAAAAUUUGAGGGAUAAAGUCUUAAGCAAACCACUCCUAGACUUAGAAAGAUGUUUGUCAGAUGUGGAAAACAGAAAACGGACACAAGGAAAACAGACACAACCCAUCCGCCUCCAUUUGGGUUCGUUCCCCGCCUCAGUUCCCUUAAUUAGGAAGGAAUGUCAUCCUUCCGAAACCGCAACCAGCCCUAAAUCCUUUCCUGGCAGCGCAGGGGACAUUGCACAUCACACUGUCAACCCCUUUCCACACAAAGCAAGGAGUCACACUCUCUCAGCCUCAGAGUUGAAGUGGACCGAGACAUCUUCCACCAGAAACCUUACUGGAAAGAAUUCAGGUUUGAUCUGACGCAGAUCCCAACGGGGGAAUCGGUAACGGCAGCUGAAUUCAGGAUUUACAAGAUGCAAAGUUUCAUCUGGCCUGUCAACAAAACUCUCCACAUCAGCCUGUACAAGAUAGUUCAAGAACAUCACAACAGGGAAGCAGAACUUCUCUUCUUGGACCUGCAAGAUUAUUUAGCCGGGGCUGAAGGCUGGCUAGUGUUUGACAUUGCUGCAGCUAGUAAUCAUUGGCUACUCAACCGCAAAUACUACCUGCGCUUGAGACUUUAUGUGGAGACAGAGGACGGACAGAGCGUCGACCCCGGAUCGGCCGGCCUUUUGGGACGUCGCGGGCCGCGCUCCAAGCAGCCCUUCGUGGUGACCUUCUUCCGAAGCGGCAAGAACCAAGUCAGGGUCCCUCGAGCCACCAAGCAGCUGAGAAAGAGGCAGCACAAGAAGACGAACAACUUCUCACAUUUAAAUAGGCUUCCAGGGUCAUUGGAUGAACUCCAUGUUUCUGAAGGGAGACAAGUAUGCCGAAGGCAUGAGCUCUACGUCAGCUUUCAAGACCUUGGAUGGCUGGACUGGGUGAUUGCACCCCAGGGCUACUCUGCUUUCUACUGCGAAGGCGAAUGUGCUUUCCCCUUGGAUUCCUGCAUGAACGCCACCAACCAUGCCAUCCUCCAGUCAUUGGUGCAUUUGAUGAAACCAGACGCUGUCCCCAAGGCCUGCUGUGCCCCCACCAAACUCAGCGCCACGUCCGUCCUCUAUUACGACAGCAACAACAACGUCAUCCUCAAGAAGCAUCGCAACAUGGUGGUAAAGACAUGUGGUUGCCACUGAUGUUCAACAUUGGAUUGUGGGUCAAAGAAAUAAUGACUUGCACUGUAGGCAGCAGCAGGCCUUCCCUACCAAAGACUCCAAGAGGAAACCUCCUCCCAAACACAACCAAAGGGGGAAACGGACGCAGGUCUGACCGCUGUGCAAGAAUUUGGAUCAUUGUUGGCUUCAGCUGACCUUCGGCUGACACCGACUCCCCAGCCCUUUGGCUCUCAACUUGGCCAGAGCAAGGUUUGUUCAGAUCCUGAGCAAACUGAACCAAACCCUCUACAGAAGAGGCUUUGCCAAGGAAACUAAAACAUGACCGGCUAUGCACACACAGGUCUGUUUUGUAUUCGGUGCCAAAAAAGCAAGUAACCCACAGAUCCUGCGCUAAUGAAAGCCAUGCAAAUCAACACACUCCUUUGGCAUAAAUAGCCUGUUUUAUCCCUGACAUUGCCCAAGGUUUCAGAUCUGGAUUUUGGCAAGGUGCGAUACAAGCAAAGUUUGGGGUGUUGGCAUGUCCUGGGGCAUUGAGGCAUUACCCUUGCUGCACCCCAAAGUCUUAUGCAAGCACCCCAGCAUCUUGUCAAAUGUUCUCCUUGCUCAUGCAAGUGAGAACUCUACUGUUUUUAAAACCCCGAAUUGCAAGAUUAUGUGCCAAGAGACCCUCACCUUAGCAUAAAAACAUGACAACAAAAUGCAGCCAAUUGCACAAGGUCACAUUGUCAUGUCCAUCCCCAGGCAUGGCCAAUUAAACCAAUAUUUGGCUUGCAAGAUAUUGCAGUGUUGGUCAUCUUGAUGCUUCCUGCUCAGAGAUGCUCAGAUGUAGAAUAGCGUGUAAAAUGUAUGGGCAAAGCAUGACCACUUAUGGUCCCCAGGCCUUUUGGAUGGUAGAUGAGCACCAAGGGAAUGUAAGUAUAUGGUUAUUCUCUUGGAAAUGUAUGUGAACGGUGGCUUUAAUUUUUAACCUACCUUGCCCAAAGCAAUCCCAAAAUCAAAUCCAAGGUCACUUCUACUUUGAGUUUUGAAAGUUUCUGAGAAAGUAGACCAAGCCUACAAAAGCCUAUGCCCAGUUCACUGCAUGCAUCUAAGGAAGUAGACUAAAGUCCAAAACACACUGCAGAAAUAAUCCAGUUUGGGACCACUUUAACUGCCCUAGCAAAGCAGUCUCAAGAUUAUUUCUGCAGUGUGUUUUGGAAGCUUACACUAUGACGUCUUUUGCAGAGUUAGUCUAAAAGGCACUGCAAGACCCCUUUGCAUCCUGACAUUGUUAGGUUUGUUUCUUUCCAUAGAGUUCUGGUGAACCCAAGGAAAGUGCUGAGCUGUCAUUUGGCACCAAUCAUGGACUGGAUGGAAGCCAAUAAACCAAAGCUCAGUUUAGACAAGUCUGAGAGCAUGGGUUGGUCAAUCAUCUGGAACAGGAAAGGCAGAACUCAAUCUGAAUGCUUGCUCUCUGGAAAACUCCUGCCAUGCCUCAAGUUCUUAGAACAGAUCCAGAAAACCAUUAUGAAAUGUUCAUGGUUGUCACUGAUAUUUUUGCGUCUGAGAAACAGUCCAUGGCAACCUAGCAGACGACCAACCCGUAAUAAGCAGACACUCAUCAUGUAUGGUCUCACUGAUCCAAAGGGAGCAUCCUUUAGGUUAAAUGGACAAGACAGUGUUGCACCUCCUUCUCCUGCUGUCUUGCUUGCUCACACAAUUCUGUUAAUCCACAGCAAAAACAACCUAUAGUGAAAGAUGUAUGAUGAGCAGUAGCACUCCCUCUUGCUGUAGAUUCAUUUUUAUUCUGCAUUAAUACGUAUCUGGAUAGGGAUCUGGCAGGUAAUCAGAAGUGCAAAGUGAUAAGGCUGGUUGUACAGUGGGAUCUUGCCCUACAGAGCAGAGGUACACUAAGAUGCAAUUUGGAGGGUUAUUUCUCCUCCCCAAAAGCUGUUGUUAUCUUUCUCUCUCCCAUAUACAGAGAGAGAGAGUGAAUGGUGUAAAAAGACAAAAGUACAGUGGAGCAAAGCACAUUCAGUUCAUGUAGUGCAAGGUACCUUAAAUCAGAGGCCACCAGCCACAAGACAGGGAAUGCAUCGGCAAACCACAGAUUUCAAUAACCUGCUUUGUUGAAAUUGCUGCUCUCAGCACGUUUGGAGCCAGAGGGCUUCUUUGUUCCCUUCCUACAGAAAGGAGGCACUUUGCAACACACAUACCUUUCCCAUCAAAUGUAAUUAUUGCACACCUGAUCUCCCCAAAGCAUCCCCUUCUUCCUUUCCCCAAGCAGAAGGUAUUUCUCUGCUUCCCACACCAAUGUCUUGCAGUAGAACAGGAGGAUUGUGCAAAGUCCUCAAUAUUUUGCAGUUGUUAUUUUAAUGAUCUAUCUCCCUAUAUAAACGCACCCGAAGAUCCAGUUCCUUUCCUUCCCCGGGAGGGAGAUACAAAGCAACACCUAUCCCUCUGGCCCUUGUUCUCAGUCUGUUCCCUUUUGCAAUACCUUCCAUCCAUCUAUACACAGAAUGAGGAUGAAGCCCACCAUUUGGGUUGCCACAAAGAUUUCCGUCAACUGGCCACAGGGAAAAAGCUGCCUGCCAUUCUCAACACUGAAGGUCACUUUUAAGCCUACUACUGUCUGGAAUUCUAUUAUUAAAAUAUACGCACAGGAGUAUAGGUUGAGUAUCCCUUAUUCGAAAUUCUGAAAGCAUCCAAAAUUGUCCAGAUGGGUGGUUUAGACAGCAUUACUUUCUGAUGAUCCAAUGUACAAAAAUUAUGAACAAUAUUAUGUAUAAAAUUAUACCUUCAGGCCAUCUGUAUGAUGUAUAUGAAAAACAUAAAAUGAAUUUAAUGUUUAGACUUGGGUCACAUCUCCAGAUUAUCCCAUUAGGUAUAUGCAAGUAUUCCAAAAUCCAAAAAAAUCCUGACUCCAAAACACUUCUGGUCCAAAGCAUUUCAGAUAAGGGAGACUCAACCUGCAUGGCAGACACAAACAUACAUUUCAGGCCAUUUUAAGCCCAGGAAUAACCUUUUUGGUAAAACAAGAAGUGAUUGGAAGUUACUUCCAGCCCAUUUCCUGUUAAAAAUAAAGAACUGUGCCAUCACUAAA